AUGACUGGUUGCUCACUCCAACAAUAUUAUUGUUCAUUACAGACUUUAGAGGAAAUUGACGCUCAGCAAAAGAAGCAAAUAGAAGCGCUAAAAGCUGAACUUAAAGAGGCAGAAAACGCUUUGGCAAAUCAAAAGGAAACAAAUUGCCAACUCAACAAGCAAAUGGUGGAUCAAGAGAGGAAAAUACGUGAUAACGACAUCUUAAAAGUGGAGUUGAAAAAAGAGUUGAAAGAGAAGAAGGCUUUAGGAAAGGCUGUGUCCGAAAAGUUGGAGAAAGAACAAGAAAAUCUGCAUAGCUUAGGUGUGAAGUUUAAGGAUGCACAGAAAGACGGCUGUAAAGUUAACCAUACUUUACAGCAAGAAAGAAGAAAAGGCGAUCGAAAAGAAGCCGAGCUCAAGGAGGAAAUCGUAAGGCUGAGUGAUGAACGUGCUGGGCUGCAAUCCACUCUCACAAAUCUCACCAACAAGAUAAACGAACAGAGGACUGAGAUACAACAACUGCGGGUUGGAAAGGAAAAGCUUGGGGACAAGUUUUUCCAACAAGAGAUAACCAUAACUAAACUGGAAAUGAGGCUUGGCACGAUGGACGCUCGCAUUGGGUACAUGCAACUACGUCAUAAAACAGAUGAAAUAGAGAAUACCUCGCGAAGAUUACAGAUCAACGAUUACAAAAGGGCCAUAUCAGAGAUUAAGAACGAGUUAGAAAAGACUCAGGAACAACAUGACGCAGAAAUGCAGACACUUGCUCCCCACCUUGAAAGCUUGAAAGCCGAAUGCAAAAGAAGAAGCGAGAUAAACGAGGCCGACAACGAAACAAAAGCCAACAUGAAAAUGGACAUCGGAAUUCUUUAUCAGCUGCAGGUUUGGAGGCAAGCCAUUGUGGUUGUCGUGUUCACACCAGUCAACAACUUGUUGCAUCCUCUCAGAGAUUUUAAAAGAGCGGUUUGUUUCACUUUAAAUGGACGUCUAGAGGAGUUUGAUGAACGAUUUAUUUGGUACGACUCUAUGUUUGGCAGACAGAGCAAGAGAACGUAUGGUGAUGGUGAUGUGAAAAAAAAAAAUGAUAUUGGAAUUGUGGGUAAGGCCAAUGAAAGUUGCGUCAGCAAAAAGGAUACACGACUGGCUGUUGUUGAUGGUUUGCAAUGGAGAGGUUUUGAUGUUAAAUUCUUGGCCGCUCAUAAAAUGAAUGAGGUAUUGGAUGUGGUGGCGAGGCCAUUCAUGGCUGCACAUAAAAUGAAUGAGGUAUUGGAUGUGGUAGCGAGGCCAGUGAGCGUACGCUAA